GUCGCUCCGUUGUUUGGAGGCGAAUCCUGAUCAUCCGGAAGAUUAUUGGAUCCCAGGACGGGAUGUAUUUCUCUAUAGAAAACUUCAAAAACGGCAACAGGAUCAUCGAGAAGCUGGAAGAUUUCCUGGAGAAAGAGCGUUCCUUGCUAUGUGAAGGAUUCAUUAUAAAACCAUCUGCACUGAGGUCGGACAUUGAGGCUAAGAUCAUCUCACUCCUGGCUGAAUAUGGAGACCUCCUUCUGACCGACUCUGAGGAAGAGAAGAGGCGUCUUAUGGAUGAUCUACAAUCUGAACUAAAAGAGAAACAAGAAAAAAUUUGCCUCAAAUACUCUAUAAAGUUUAAGGAACAAUGUGAUGAGAAAAACCUGAGAAACAGGAAAAUGGUGAUGGAGAAGCUGGAAGACUUCCUGAAAGAAAAGGAUCCACACUUACAUAAACUCUUGUGGAUUAAACCAUAUACAAUGAGGUCGAACAUCGAGGCCAGGAUCAGAUCUCUGCUGUCUGAGUAUGGAGACCUCCUGCUGACCAACUCUAAAGAAGAUAGGAAGCGUCUUAUAGAUGACUUAGGAUCUGAACUAAAAGAGAAGAAAGAAACUUUUUGCUCUAGAUAUUUAAAGAAGUAUUGUGAGGUGUUGGGUGAUGCAGUGGGUGACCGUGCUUCUGUGGUGACUGGAUGGGCCAUAGGGGGAGUCGUGGCUGGAGCGGUAGCUGCUGGAGAGGUAGCAGUCACCGCUUUGUCUGCUUUUGGUGAAACCUUAAUUAGACCUUUACUAAUGAAGAAGACAAACAGGCACCUAAACAUUCAAAAAAACAUCAUGAGACAGAAUCCUACAGAUAACACUGAACCACCGGCAGCACAAGAGAAACCUACAAAUCACACUAAACAAUUGCUGGCACAAGAAUAUCCCACAUAUAAUGCUAAACCACCACCAGAACAUGAGAAUCCUACUAAACCACAGUCAGCACCAAAAAAUCCUACAGAUAACACUGAACCACAGCCGGCACCAGAGCAUUCUACAGAUAACACUGAACCACAGCCGGCACCAGAAAAUCCUACAGAUAACACUGAACCAAAGCCGGCACCAGAAAAUCCUACAGAUAACACUGAACCACAGACGGCACCAGAGCAUUCUACAGAUAACACUGAACCACGGCCAGCACCAGAGCAUUCUACAGAUAACACUGAACCACAGCCGGCACCAGAGCAUUCUACAGAUAACACUGAACCACAGCCGGCACCAGAGCAUUCUACAGAUAACGCUAAACCAACCCCAGAACCAGAAAAUCCUACAGACGUCACUGAAUUCCUGCUGCUAAAGGAUCCAUCAGUACACGAGGUCUUGACAACUAAACCAUCUGAGGCUGAGAUCAGAUACCUCCAGUACAGAGACCUCCUGCUGACCGACUCUAAGGAAGAGAAGACGGGAUCAAAACGAAAAGAAAAACAAGAAGCAUUUUUUUCUAAAUACCCCAAAAAGUCUACAGCAAUGUUGGGUGAUAUGGUGAAUGCAGCUGCCUUGACUGUGGCUGUAGGGGCAGUAGCUGGAGUUGUAGUUGGUGGAGCCUUAGUAGGAGGGGUAGGGGCAAUUUAUACAAGUAUAUUCAAAAGGAACCCAGACAGUAUGCAAAAUUCUGAAAACAUUACCAGACAGAAUUCUACAGAUGACAAUGAACCCCCACCAGUGCCAUAGAAUCCUACAGAUAACACUGAACCCCCGCCAGUGCCAUAGAAUCCUACAGAUAACACUGAACCCCCGCCAGUGCCAUAGAACCCUACAGAUAACACUGAACCCCCGCCAGUGCCAUAGAAUUCUACAGGUGACAAUCAACCCCGCCGGUGCCAUAGAAUCCUAAGAUAACACUGAACCCCUGCCGGUGCCAUAGAAUCCUAGAGAUGACAAUGAACCCCUGCCGAUGCCAUAGAUUCCUACAGAUAACACUGAACCCCCGCCAGUGCUAUAGAAUCCUACAGGUGACAAUGAACUCCUGCCGGCCCCAUAGAAUCCUACAGAUGACAAUAAACCCCACUGGUGCCAUAGAAUCCUAUUGAUAACAUUGAACCCCUGCCGAACCCAUAGAAUCCUAUAAAUAACACUGAACCCCAGCCGGUGCCAUAGAAUCCUACAGAUGACACUGUACCCCGCUGGUGCCAUAGAAUUCUAUAAAUAACACUGAACCCCCGCCGAUGCCACAGAAUCCUACAGAUGACACAGAACCCCCGCCGGUGCCAUAGGAUUCUACAAAUAACACUGAACCCCCACCGGCUCCAUAAAAUCCUAUAAAUAACUCUGAACCACCGCCGGUGCCAUAAAAUCCUACAGAUGACACUGAACCCCCGCCGGUGCCAUAAAAUCCUACAGAUGACACUGAACCACCACCAGCCCCAUAGAAUCCUACAGAUGACACUGAACCCCCACCAGUCCCAUAAAAUCCUACAGAUGACACUGAACCACCACCAGCCCCAUAGAAUCCUACAGAUGACACUGAACCCCCGCCGGUGCCAUAAAAUCCUACAGAUGAAACUGAAACCCCACCAGUCCCAUAGAAUCCUACAGAUGACAAUGAACCCCCACCAGUCCCAUAAAAUCCUACAGAUGACACUGAAACCCCACCAGUCCCAUAGAAUCCUACAGAUGACACUGAACCCCCACCAGUCCCAUAGAAUCCUACAGAUGACACUGAACCUCUGCCGGUGCCCUAAAAUCCUACAGAUGACACUGAAACCCCACCAGUCCCAUAGAAUCCUACAGAUGACACUAAACCCCCACCAGUCCCAUAGAAUCCUACAGAUGACACUAUACCCCUGGCAGAUCCAUAAAAUUCUAAAUCUUACGUUAGAGGAACAAUUAGCAGCUUCUUGGGACCAUAAAGCACUAAAUAUUGCUAAAUAUUCUGAACUCCCUUCACAACUUAAACAUAGUUAUAUUCUCCGAGAUACAGUCAGUAUUUGGAAACCUAUGCAAUCUUUUUCAUCAUCCAUUUAGGAUUUUGGAAUUCCCCUUCCUUUCUACAAAGUAGAAAAAAAUAAAUUAUUUAAAAUCUGGCAAGCAAUGACAUUAAGACAUUAUCCGAUGUCAUCUCCGCAGAUACGAAAUCUUUCAUGUCAUGGGCGAAUAAUCAAUCACAUUGUGAUAUUCCUCACACCCAUUCCUGGCCUUCAAACACUUUUGCUUCUCUAAUUUAUCAUUGUAGGUGUAAGUGAAGCAUUUAUCAUUGUAGGUGUAAGUGAAGCAUUUAUCAUUGUAGGUGUAAGUGAAGCAUUUAUCAUUGUAGGUGUAAGUGAAGCAUUUAUCAUUGUAGGUGUAAGUGAAGCAUUUAUCAUUGUAGGUGUAAGUGAAGCAUUUAUCAU